CCUGUAACUACCAAGCUUCCCUACGUAUUUGCAGUCCAAAUUUCCAACCCAUGUCCAGUCUGACCCGACCCCCUCUCAUAACCCACACCACCACUUCAACCACUGUCCUCACCUCCCUUUCCUAUUGCACCACCCUCACUCACCUCAAACAAGUCCACUCUCAAAUCCUCAAACUCCCCCAGUCUCACCACCACUCCCUCCUUUACAAACUCCUCCUCACUUCACUCUCUUUACCUGCCACCAAUUCUUCAUCUAUUCACUAUGCCCUCUCCGUUUUUUCCCAACUCCCGUCUCCCCCACCUCAUUUUUCCAAUAAGUUUCUUCGCAAAUUAUCGCGUAGCAACUGCCCCGAAAACGCCUUCUUGGUGUUUGUCAAAAUGCUGAUAACUGGACUCAAUGUUGACAGGUUCAGCUUUCCUCCUAUAAUAAAGGCUGCGGCUCGGAUGGAGGGUUUGUUCGAGGGGAUGCAGGUUCAUGGCCUAGGAGCGAAGUUGGGGUUUGAUUCUGACCCGUUUGUGCAGACGGGUCUUUUGGGGAUGUAUGCUGCGUGUGGCCGGAUUUCAGAUGCACGAAUGUUGUUUGAUAAAAUGUCUUAUAGAGAUGUUGUUACGUGGAGUAUCAUGAUUGAUGGGUAUUGUCAGAGUGGGCUAUUUGAUGACGCCUUGGAGCUUUUUGAAGAGAUGAAGCGGUCUAAUGUGGAGCCAGAUGAGAUGAUUCUUUCAACAAUUUUAUCUGCUUGUGGUCGUGCUGGAAAUUUAAGUUAUGGGGAAGUGAUUCAUGAACUAAUUAUUGAGAAUAAUGUUGUUGUUGAUACCCAUUUGCAGAGUGCGCUUGUUACUAUGUAUGCAAGUUGUGGUUGCAUGGAUAUAGCUAACGAAUUGUUUGAUAAGAUGUGGCCAAAGAAUUUGGUUGUCGCAACUGCUAUGGUCUCUGGGUAUUCAAGAAUUGGACGGAUUAAAGAUGCUCGCAUGAUUUUUGACCAAAUGGUUGAAAGGGACUUGGUCUUCUGGAGUGCAAUGAUCUCUGGUUAUGCUGAGAGUGAUCAACCUCUGGAAGCACUUAAGUUAUUUAAAGAAAUGCAAGUCGUGGGAAUGAAACCAGAUCAGGUCACCAUGCUAAGUGUCAUAUCAGCUUGUGCUCAUCUUGGUGCAUUGGAUCAAGCCAAAUGGAUCCAUUUAUAUGUUGAUAGAAAUAGGUUUGGAGGAUAUUUGCGUGUCAACAAUGCUCUUAUUGAUAUGUAUGCAAAAUGUGGGAGUCUGGAAAGGGCAAGAGAAGUUUUUGACAAGAUGCAGAGAAGAAAUGUGAUAUCCUGGACUAGUAUGAUCAACGCCUUUGCAGUGCAUGGAGAUGCCAGUAAUGCACUAAGCUACUUCAAUCAAAUGAAACGUGAAAAUGUCGAGCCUAAUGGGGUUACUUUUGUGGGUGUGCUUUACGCUUGCAGCCAUGCAGGGCUAGUUGAGGAGGGGAAGAAAAUCUUUGCAUCAAUGAUUAAUGAACACAGCAUCACUCUUAAACAUGAGCACUAUGGUUGCAUGGUAGAUCUAUUUGGCCGAGCUAACCUCUUGAGAGAAGCUCUUGAGCUCGUAGAGACAAUGCCGCUGGCACCAAAUGUUGUCAUUUGGGGAUCACUGAUGGCUGCUUGCCGAGUUCAUGGUGAGAUUGAAUUAGGUGAGUUUGCUGCCAAACAACUUCUCCGGUUGGAGCCAGAUCACGAUGGUGCCCUUGUGCUAUUAUCAAACAUCUAUGCGAAGGAAAGAAGGUGGCAAGAUGUUGGGGAGAUAAGGAAAGUAAUGAAGCAGAGAGGUAUAUUUAAGGAGAAAGGAUGCAGUAGAAUAGAAAUGAACAACGAAGUACAUGAGUUCUUAAUGGCAGAUAGAAAUCAUAAACAAAUAAAUCAGAUUUAUGAGAAGUUAGAUGAGGUGGUUAGUGAGUUGAAGCUGGCUGGCUAUGCUCCUAAUACCCGUAGUGUUUUGGUAGAUUUAGAGGAGGAAGAAAAGAAUGAAGUAGUUCUAUGGCACAGUGAGAAGUUGGCACUUUGUUAUGGGCUGUUGAGUGGAGAAAAAGGGUCGUGUAUUCGCAUUGUUAAGAAUCUGCGAGUUUGUGAGGACUGUCAUACUUUUAUAAAGCUGGUUUCAAAGGUGUAUGGGAGGGAGAUUAUAGUUAGAGAUAGGACUAGAUUUCACCAUUACAAAGAUGGUGUGUGUUCUUGUAAAGACUACUGGUGACCUCAUUUUUACAAACUUCGACUACUGAUUAAAAAUUUAAAAUAGUGUAUUAGCACCGCCAAAUCAUGAAACAUGUACAAUUCAUUAUUAACAUUGAAAAGUGAAAGGAUGAGCAAAUCUGAGGUCUUCUCAGCUGUACUCUGCCUAUGGUGAUUUUAGUAAAUACCGCCUUUCAUUAUAAAUUAC